AUGAUCUUCUCCUUUUUUUGCCAUGCUGAUAUCACCUCCAUAUCCAUCCUCAAAUCAGCUCUUGAUCUCUUCUCCUCAUUUUCUGGACUGACCAUAAACCCAACAAAAAGCUCAGUUUUCUUUUCAGGCAUUGACCAUUCAAGUGAGCUUCUAUACUCUAGCUUUCUUGGUGUUGGAAUUGGUUCACUCCCCAUAAAGCACUUUGGUGUCUCCCUUAUCUCUACAAGACUCAAAGCUGCAGAUUGUAAUCUUUUGCUUGAAAAAAUCACAGCAAGGAUCCACCAUCGGUCCUCUAGAAGCCUGUCCUAUAUUGGAAGACUUGUACUCAUCAAAUAUGUACUUGUAUCCACUCAAUUGUACUGGUCCGGUAUUUUCAUAUUACCACAGAAGGUGAUUAAUGACCUUACUGCACUGCUUAGAAGAUUUCUCUGGACUGGUUCAGACCUUAAGAAGAUUGGUGCUAGGGUUAAAUGGUGCAAUGUCCGUAAGCCUAUCACAAAUGGAGGUCCUGGUCUUCCCAAUCUUGAAGCUGCAAACACAGAUGCAAUACUUAAACACAUUUGGGAGCUUAGAACUGGUAACAAUCAAAGAAUUUGGAUCAUCUGGUGCAAGACUUAUCUUAUCAAGGAUCAAUGUUUUUGGCACUCCCCAAUCAUGCUCAUGGAGCUAAAGGAAGAUACUACAGCUGAGACCACUUGCGAGGAAACUAAUCAAACACAAGGUUGGCAAUGGUGCAUCCACCCACUUCUGGUAUGA